UUAUUACUCCAAGUCAUGAGACAAGCAUUUUGUGACCUAACUAACCUUAUACCUUCUUCGAUGCUUGUUAUGACGACCGUGUUGUGCUCGUAUAUAACAGAAUGAAAGAGUUCGUCGCACUUCAGUCGUACCUGUUGAGUAUUUAGUGUAGCAAGUAUAAACAAUUUAAUGAUGCGUUUAUUUUUAGCCGCGUUAUUAGUUUGUAUUCCGUUAAGCUAUUGUUUCGAAGAUACCGAAUUUACUAAACAUCUCCAAUCCGAGAUAGAUGAAUACUUGUCAGAAAAAGAUAGGCCUCUGAUGAGGCCUAGAAGGAGUCCUCUUGAUGAUAAUGAAAUUGUAAACGAUGAACAUUUCAAAUGCAAGCAGCAUUCUAGAAAAUCAUGUUGCGGUAAAACUAAUUUAUUCAAGAAUUUCGGAGAUCAGAAUAAAACGUUGGGUAAAACAUGUUACGAAGAAGUGUCAGAACGUUUGAAACAAGAUCUUCCUUUACAAGAGGCGCCGAAUUUAUUCUCGUGCGAGAAAUACAAAAUGAUGAAGAAAUUACAAUAUUGCGUGUAUGAAUGUGUUGGAAAGAAACGUAAAAUACUAACAUCAGACGGUGAUCUAAAUGUCAACGAAAUGAAAAUCUACUUGAAUAACGAUUUAUUCAAAGAAGACUGGCAAAAAGAAUUAGCCCAAAAAGCCGUACCGAAAUGUUUGAGUGAAAAAUAUCUUGAAUGGCCGCAAAGUGAGCCUGGAAUUAUAUGCAAUCCAAUAGCAGUUCAAUUUCAACAUUGCCUAUGGAGAGAAUUCGAACUGAACUGCCCAAAAAAUGAACAAAAAGACAGUAAAAAAUGUAACAAAUUACGUAAUAAUUUGAAACAACAAUACGCGACUAAAAGAAAAGUAUAAAUUAGAUUUUUUGUUUUAGAUUUACGAAAUUAUUUUUAAGCCGCUGUUUGUAUUUUUUAAAAUUACCUUAUUUAUUAUUUUUGUUUUUUUGUAUAUUUAUUAAAAGUUGUAAGAAAAAUAUAGAUCUUGGUUGAAAGUUUUUCUUUCGAAGGGUAAAUUAUGAAAAUUGCAACAUAAUGUAAUUCGGUCUGUAGGUAGAUAUAGGAACCUACGUAAAACAGAAAAACAACGAUGAAGUGAGGACCAUUCCAAAUAUACUUAUUUCGAAAAGUUUGAUGUUUUAUAAAACAAAGAAACUCAAACAAUACAACAAUUUUAAUUAAAAAAAUUGAAGUAAAUUUGGUAUCUUUUUGUUGUUGUUUGGUUUAUGUGCACAAUAAAGGCAUUGUUAUACACUUGUA